AUGGGACAUACCUUACAAAUCAAAGAAGGUUCAAAAGUAACAAUUUUGAGUCUUGAUAAUAAUCUAGAGAUAGAAAUUGAAGCUUCUGCAGUUCGUAAAAAGUUUGUAACCAAUAAAAGUACUAGUUAUGAUUCUUAUAAUGAUAAUAACAAUAUAUUAGCUGAGA